AUGGCAUUGGAUUCAAGUUUCCUUUCAAAAAAUGUGUUUUUUAACUUUUAUUAUAUGAUUGUAUUGUUUAGCCUUGGAAUUUUCCUUGUAAGUUCAAUCAAUGAAGAGGUUUCAAUUCUUUUGAAGUUCAAAGCUUCUCUUUUAGACUCAAAUGAUAAUCUUGUUAACUGGAAUCCUUCUGAUUUAACUCCAUGCAAUUGGACUGGUGUGUAUUGUACUGAUUCAAUAGUAACUUCUGUUACACUCUACAACCUUAAUCUUUCUGGUAGUUUAUCUCCUACAGUCUGUAACCUUCCAUGGUUAACCGAGUUGAAUGUGUCGAAAAACUUUAUCUCGGGUCCAAUUCAUGAAGCUUUUUUUGUUAACUGUGAUAAACUCGAGGUUUUAGACCUUUGUACAAAUCGGUUUCAUGGCGCAUUUUUAACCCUUGUUUGGAAAAUGAAAACGCUUAGAAAGCUUUACCUUUGUGAAAACUAUAUGUAUGGCGAAAUUCCACAAGAUAUUGGUGAAUUAGCCUCACUUGAAGAGUUGGUGAUUUAUAGCAACAACGUAACAGGAACCAUUCCUUCUUCGAUAAGUAAGUUGAAGAAGCUUAGAGUUAUAAGAGCAGGUUUGAAUGGUCUAUCAGGAAAAUUACCUUCAGAAAUCAGUGAAUGUGAAAGGUUAGAGACAUUAGGGUUAGCACAGAAUCAGUUAACAGGUUCUAUUCCAAAGGAGCUACAAAAGCUUCAGAGUCUUACGAAUUUGAUUCUAUGGCAAAACUCUUUUUCUGGUGAGCUUCCUCUUGAGAUUGGAAACAUUAGUAGCCUUGAAUUAAUUGCUUUGCAUCAAAAUUUGUUGAUCGGUGGUAUACCGAAAGAUAUUGGAAGGCUAUCGCGGUUGAAGAGAUUGUACAUGUACACAAACCAGUUGAAUGGUACAAUUUCAGGUCAUAUUCCAAAGGAGCUUGGAAAUUUGAGGCUGCUGAGAAAUUUAGAUUUGUCCUUGAACAACUUGACAGGUAUAAUUCCAUUGGAGUUUCAAAAUCUGAAACUCAUGGAAGAUUUGCAGCUAUUUGAUAAUCAACUUGAAGGUGUAAUUCCACCUCAUCUUGGAGCUGUUAAGAAUCUUACUAUUCUUGAUAUAUCUUCAAAUAAUCUUGUCGGUAUGAUCCCGAUUCAUCUUUGUGAAUAUCAGAAACUUCAGUUCCUUAGCCUUGGAUCAAAUAGGCUCUUUGGUAAUAUUCCUUAUAGCUUGAAAAUUUGCAAGUCUCUUGUGCAGUUAAUGCUAGGGGAUAAUCUUUUGGCAGGAAGCUUACCUGUUGAAUUGUAUGAACUUCAUAAUCUUACCGCGCUCGAGCUUCAUCAGAAUCGAUUCUCCGGACUAAUUAGCCCUGGAAUUGGUCAGCUUAAGAAUUUAGAGAGGCUGCAUUUGUCGGAUAACAAUUUUUCUGGUUAUCUACCUUCUGAGAUUGGAAAUUUGACUCAACUUGUGACAUUCAAUGUUUCAUCGAAUCGUUUUGGUGGAAGUAUUCCGGACGAGUUAGGAAACUGUGUGAGGUUGCAGAGGCUUGAUCUCAGCAGGAACAAGUUUACUGGCACUUUGGGAGACCUUAUUCGGCUAACCGAUUUGGAGCUCGGAGGCAAUCGGUUUACAGGAAGGAUCCCUUUUCAUUUCGGAAGACUUUCUGCUCUUCAGAUAGCACUUAACUUGAGUCACAAUAAUCUUUCUGAUACAAUUCCUGAUAGCUUAGGGAGCUUGCAAAUGCUCGAAUCGCUUUACUUGAACGACAAUCAACUCAUCGGGGAAAUUCCUUCAUCGAUUGGCGACUUGCUUAGUCUUUUAGUAUGCAAUGUAUCUAACAAUAAGCUGAUAGGAACUGUUCCAGACACAAGUACAUUUAGAAAGAUGGAUUUCACGAAUUUCGCCGGGAACAACGGUUUGUGCCGUGUAGGUACUAAUCACUGUCAUUCAUCUAUAUCUUCAUCUCAUCGUGAAAAGCAAGCGAAAGACGGUUUGUCGAGGGAAAAGAUAGUGAGCAUUGUUUCUGGUGUGGUUGGUUUUGUUUCUCUUAUUUUCAUUGUUUGCAUAUGUUGGACUAUGAUGAAACGCCGCCGCAGCGAUUCUUUUGUUUCGAUUGAAGAACAAACAAAGCCUCAUGUUCUAGAUGACAGCUAUUACUUUCCAAAAGAAGGCUUCACUUACAAUGAUCUCUUGGAAGCUACUGGAAAUUUUGCAGAAGGUGAAGUUAUAGGAAGAGGAGCUUGUGGAACUGUCUACAAAGCAGUUAUGAAUGAUGGUGAAGUUAUUGCUGUCAAGAAGCUGAAUGCACGGGGCGGAGAAGCAGGAAGUGUCGACCGAAGCUUCAUUGCGGAGAUUUCAACUCUUGGAAAGAUUAGGCACAGGAACAUUGUGAAGCUGCAUGGAUUCUGUUUUCAUGAGGAUUCUAAUCUUCUAUUGUAUGAAUACAUGGAAAAUGGAAGCCUUGGAGAAAAGCUUCAUUCGAGUUCAAAAAAAUGUUCGUUGGAUUGGAAUGUUCGAUAUAAAAUUGCGCUAGGAGCAGCGGAAGGUUUAUGCUAUCUGCAUUAUGAUUGUAAACCUCAAAUCAUUCAUCGCGAUAUCAAGUCAAACAACAUUUUGCUUGAUCAGAGUUUUCAGGCUCAUGUUGGAGACUUUGGUUUGGCAAAAUUGAUUGACUUCUCAUUCUCCAAAUCUAUGUCUGCUGUGGCCGGAUCAUAUGGAUACAUCGCCCCAGAAUAUGCAUACACCAUGAAGGUCACUGAAAAAUGUGACAUAUAUAGUUUCGGGGUGGUUUUGCUGGAGCUAGUAACCGGGAGGUCACCGGUUCAACCAUUGGAACAAGGCGGGGAUUUAGUGAAUUGGGUGAGAAGAUCAAUUCAAGCUUCCACACCUACAUGUGAAUUAUUCGACAGGAGAUUGAAUCUGGAAGAACAAAGAAUCGUUGAAGAAAUGUCUCUUAUUCUCAAAAUCGCGCUGUUUUGCACGAGUGCAUCUCCACUUAAUAGGCCUACAAUGAGAGAGGUUAUCGCAAUGUUGAUUGAUGCGAGGGAAUAUGUCAACCAAUCACCAACCUCUCCUUCGUCCGAAACUCCACUCGACGAAGAAAAGACUUCUUCUACCAAAGAUGAUGGUGUUCAGUUGUGA